UCGUGGACUGAAGUUUUAGAUUUUUUUUGAUUUGGGUGGAACCAAACCAAAUCAAAGCAUCCUUCAUCUUUCAGAUUCGGGAAGAUUUGAUUUGAGAGACAAACAUGGCGCUGAAGGUAUAUGUUGAUCGAAUGUCCCAACCAUCUCGUGCAGUUCUCAUCUUCUGCAAGGUAAAUGGGAUAGAUUUCGAGGAGAUCCGAGUAGAUAUCUUGAAAAACCAGCAAUACUCCCCUGAAUAUAAGGCGAUAAAUCCUAUGUAUCAAGUUCCAGCAAUAGCUGAUGGACGGUUUAAGCUCUUUGAGAGUCAUGCAAUUCUUAUCUACAUCUCUUGUGCAUUUCCGGGUGUGGCUAGUCACUGGUAUCCUAGUGAUUUAUCCAAAAGAGCUAAGAUCCAUUCCGUCUUAGACUGGCAUCAUUCCAAUUUACGCCGUGGUGCAGCUGGACUUGUUUUCAACACUCUCCUGGCACCGAUAAAAGGCCUCCCUUUAAAUCCCCAAGCUGCCAAGGAAUCCGAGCAGAUACUCAUAAGAUCUUUGUCAAAAUUAGAAAAUUUUUGGCUAAAAGACGGACGAUUUUUGGUUGGAAGCUCUCAACCAUCAAUAGCAGAUCUCAGCUUAGUAUGUGAACUCAUGCAACUUGAGCUUCUUAGUGAAGAAGAUCGGCAUCGGAUAUUAAGUCCUUACAAGAAAGUUCUUCAAUGGAUGGAAGAUACAAAGAGUGCAACUGCACCUCAUUUUGAUGAAGUUCACAGGGUUCUCUUUAAAGCCCAGAAAGGAAUCCGAGAGCGCAUGCCAACACAAUCUGGGAAACCCGAAUUGAAGUCGAAGAUGUGAGAUCAUAGCGAUUAGUUCGAUAUCUAUAUCAUGGUCGUUUUGUUCUUUCUGUUCAAGACUAAAUUCUGUUUGAUUUCUGUAUAAUUCAGCAUGUAAUGUUGCUACAUAAUCUCUCCCCCUUAACUUGUGAUGAACCAUUUUCAAGAUUAUGUAAUCAUCGUUACAUUUUAAUGAACUUAUUUCAUUUAUCGUCA